AUUGUGACGUGAAAUGUAACUCCACAAACUGGUUUGAAGCUUUCAAAACAGAGGUGUGCAUCUGCCGACUUAAAAUCAAUUUGUCGGGGAAAGUCUGAUCGUCAACAAUGCUACUCGUAAAGAAAAACUUACUCAAUCGUCUUAUCCAGUGCAAGUGCCUCCAAAUUAUAUUCAUUUUGAGUAGCGUAUUUCGGAACGCCAGCUCAAAAACGUUCAUAUUUGAGUCCGAGGAUUCGCAUACUGUAGGAACUCUAAACCUGCGUAGCCCUGAGGCUGGGGCCGUGUCUCGAUCUGAAGCUAGCGGCAGAAAUGCCGUGCACUUACUACAGGGCCAGUACUUAGAAUACAAUUUCUGUUUACUCAAAGAUACAACAGUCCACGUUUCGAACAUUAGAUUUUCCAAUGAUGGGCCCCAUGAUGAGUAUGCGGUUGAAAUGGAUGGAAACAUGGUUGGGGAAUAUCUAACAGGAACUCAGACUGGUAGUGGAAACGCUUGGAACAAUUACCAUUCCAGUGGUCCUGUGGGUAAGGGCAUGUUGCUCGGAGCAGGUAAUCAUAAAAUCAAAUUAAUGGUUGCCGUGUCGGACCAGUGGGGAGCCGAGGUCGAUUUCAUUACGGUGGACGUGGAAGACCAGAGUUUGGACGAAUUGGGAUUCUAUUGUGACAUGUUCUGUUUUGACGACAUCACUUUCAAAGAAGGACCUAAAAUAGACAGCAUACCCAGUUCAAGAUUUGAACAAAAGAGCUUCAAAACAUCUUGUUCCGAAGAAGCAAACAUCAAAGUCGCAGUAUACAACGACUUAGUCAACACAUUCCGCCUCACAGCCUCAACUCCACGAUACAAAACAUUUUCCAAUAACCGACUUCCUAAUCACCAUGGCUGCAAUUUCGGUCGUCCGUCAUUGAAUCUUUCUAAUAUAACAGUUGAUGCAUAUGGGAAAAAUAUCGAGAAAAACAGAAUCAAAAUUGAAUUUGCAGGAUCUCCAAACUACAUCAUAAUGUCAAUAACAUUUCUUCAGUCCAAACUGUCUUUGACGAGAGGCGUAGAUGAAAAUAACGUGGGCACCGAUUUGGCUGUAAAAUUUAGAGCGCAAGGUUCGCCAUUCAGUAUGGAUGUUUCAUACCUGGGAGAUUCUCGUCGGUACAUUGGGUUUGAUAGGCUUAUAAUUGACCCUAAAAAUGCGACAGUGCAUACUUGGAAAAUUCCGGAUUAUUCGUGGAGUUUAAAACAAGAAAAUAUUCUUCGGCUGGGAUUUUCAUCAUCAGAAGUCGUUGAAGCAGUCAUCGAGUCUAUAACACUGAACAAGCGGGAGACGGUACACAACAAAACAGUCCUCUUCAAAGAUAACAAAUACAUCAUUGAAGGGACAGACAUCGAUUUUUGGUAUAUGGGAGAAAAUACAAUGACAGUUAGAAGCAAAUAUACCAAAGAGGAAUUUAAUAAUAUGGAUCUGAUUCAAGUAUAUGCUAAAUUGCCUUGGGGCAGUGGAUUUUCCCAAGUCUUCACUUUAUACCACGACGGAUUGGCAAGCUUACUCCCUAUUACUCCACACGGUCUCGACUGGAUACCAUUUGGAACAAGUAUUGUCAUUGGGCCAAAUAAUGGCAGUGAACCUCGUCCGACCUCGCCAAUCCAUAAGAUAGAGCUAGAUUCCAUUAACAUGAAAUUUGAUAUAGAAUUUGUUCAUGGAGACCGCGCGUCCCUUUACAUCGAUGCAAUGCAUUUUGAAACCAUCCUUACCGUGAAAUACGAUGAAAUUAUGCAUGACAGGAAGAUAUACCCAUUAAUGACGCUAUCAUCAAUGUGGAUAUCGAAUGGGAAUAGCCUUGUUGAUCACGUGUCUGUGAAUGGCGAUACACCGAGAAGCAUAAUUUCAGAUUGGAAAAAUAUGUACGGUUUAACGGCCAUGUUCUACCGGAAAUGCAUCUCCAGCUAUCAUACGAUGAGCCCUGAUCUUAAAUUAGAGGCAAUCGAUGAAGACAAAACCAUAAUAUGAAAAUAAUUUCAUGAUUGUACAUGUACUUUUUCAAAUGUUUUUAAGUUGCAGAACACUCAACGUGUGCAAAUCAAAACUGAAAGUAUAGUAUAUCUGUUACAUAUAUACAUGUAUGUGUGUUAGUAUCUGAUACACGUGUGUUAACUGAUGAAUGUACUGAAUAUUGCUUUAUUAUUAAAAAUCACAGCUAUUGUAA